CUAUUUUUAUUUAUUAAUAAAAAGUACAUACAAUAACCAAAAAUACAUUGAAAAACAUAAUCUGAAAAAACACAAAUAUCCAGAAAAUAAAAACUGAAGAUACUCUUCUAGACAAGGCAUUGUCAUCUGAGUUUCAAACAAAUUGACUUUGUCAGUUUGCUUCUGCAUAUUCACCGUUGAUCCCAUUCGAUUUCCAUGUCUGGUUAUCAUCCGAACUUUGUAUCAUAACAUAAUCACUGCAAAUACCAAAUCUUUUUGUUUUAUAAGAUUGGCCAACCCCAAAUUUGGAUCUAGAAAUAUCUUUCCAUAAAAGAACCCAAUGUAUUGGUUCUAUUGAAAAAAAUAAAAAUUGAAGUUGCCAAUUCUCCACGACUAUACAAACAUCAGAACAUCUGUUGAAUCCUAAAUCUAGUAACAUAGAUUGGAACAUAUUAACAUGAAUAAUUAAGAGAUUUAGGGGCCAACUGUUUCGUUAAUAUGAAGUGUAAGUUACAAGCCGAAAAGAGAUAUAAAUAAAUAAAGAACUCGUCGUCAAAGCUAUCUCUCUCUCUAUCUAUUUCUCCUUAUCUCUGUGUGUAUCUCCCAUCCUCUCUAUUUCAUUCAAAUGCUCUCUCCCUUUUAUACAGUCUUCAUUCUUCCUCCCUUAUCUUUCGUAGUGGGAUGUUAGGGGAUUGGUUCGGAAAUUAUCAUUGUACUAUUACUUGCAUAGGUUCGAGUUUACAAUCGGCAGUUUGUACAAUCUAUGUUCCUAGGCAUCUGUUCCUUGCGUGCGUCGGAGGAACAUCGAACUAUUGGGUCGGUGUUACUGGACUUUCUUUAUCGAGUUUGAGUCUAACUCGCUCGUGGGCCGGAGUCCCAUCUCCAACAACAUCACCUACAACAAAAGAAGUAUAUCUUCAGUUUCAAAUUGUUGUCUCGUCAUCUUCAAAUCAUCAUAAAAAUUUUCUGACAGAUUAUCUUCUAUCAAUAUAAGAAAGAUGAAAGCACAAUUAAGAUAGCGUCUCACAAAUUUUGGAAUAUAUUUUUCCAGAAUCUGAUUCAAAAACCGUAGAGACUGGCGAAUCAUGGUUAUAAAGUCCACGUCAGAGAUAGAAGAUAUGUAGUGGAUGUAACCAAUGCCACAUCUCACUUGGAUCAAAUAUCUAGCGUUUCCGAUAGGAGAUCAUAAUAGAUCUAGAAUGAUCCAUUUACAAAACAGAUCACAAGAUAUCUCCAGAAUCAUCAAUGGUGUGAGAAUCAACCAAAGAAACGAUGAUGUAUUCUUCAUUGAACAAUUCUGGUGAAAAAAACAAAACGUAAUAAGAAAAAAAUGGUUAGUGCAGUGGUGUUGGUACAGACUCUCUCGCUCUUUAUCUUUUUCUCAGCGCUUAAGACUAGGCAUUAUGACACAAAUGGUAGAAGCCAUGAGAAAAGUAUGAAUUAGGGCAGAAUAAUAUCAUCCCCUUUCUGAUCGCAGAGAGAACAAAACAAUUUAGAAAUUUUUUUUCUCUUGUCAACGAAAACCUUUAUUUAUAUGUCCGUCUGCUAAGAAAAAAAUAAUUGUAGAAUUAGUAGAUAAUCAAACUGAGGAUAAUAAAAUCUAUAAACUUUUAAAUUGUAGGUUUGACAUUUCACAGAAACAUAGGGUUUUUAAUUCUCUUUUAUCUUCGAAAUGACUUCGUUUCUUGCAGAGAGGGUAAAAACUUACACAUUUGAAAAUGUAUACGGCUAUUUUGAUAUUUAACAAAACUACAGGGGCUUGAUUUUUAGCUGUGUUCCGAAACGGCGGCGUUCUACAAUCGCACGUGCUAUCCAACCUGUGACAAAACCCUAAGAUGAGUUGUUCUAUGGAGAUGCUAGAGUCACCAGUCGAGCCCCAAAUCACCUUCACCCUCAGAAAGAAGAAGACUUAACUACCCAACCGCCUUACACAACGGUCAAUACCCGCGCAAAACUCACUCCCGGGUCGGAUCUCCCGUCCUAGUCCCAACCGGAUCCAUCCCGGACCGAGAUCAAGUUUCGCGAUUCCCCUCAAGACAAAUCGAAUAAAGACAGGAACUUUCAUUUCAAUGGAGAGAAGUGAUUCUGGCGAUGUAGAUGUACAUGCAUCUGCUUAUUUACAAACCGAUGAGACCCACGAAAGAGAUGAUGGUGGAGAAGCUGACCAUGAGAUCGAUGAUGUUGGGUUCACUCAAAACGAACAAAGAAAGAGUGAACACCAAGAAGAAGAGUUUGUUGAGGGCAAAGAGUUUGAUGCUCCAGCAGUUGGUAUGGAGUUCGAGUCAUACGACGAUGGUUACAACUACUACAACUGCUACGCUAACGAAGUUGGGUUUAGAGUAAGAGUGAAGAACUCAUGGUUCAAGCGGCGUAGCAAAGAGAAGUACGGCGCUGUGCUUUGCUGCAGCAGCCAAGGCUUCAAGAGAGUUAACGAUGCUAACCGUGUGAGGAAAGAGACGCGAACUGGCUGUCCUGCGAUGGUGAGAAUGAGGCAGGUUGAUUCCAAGAGGUGGAGGGUGCUUGAAGUCACGCUUGACCAUAACCAUUCGCUCGGUUAUAAAUCUGUUAAAAGGACUGGGACCAAGAGGAAGUGCGCAGACUCAUCUCUUAAGCUGUACAAGGCUCGUGUGAUGGAUGUUGGAAACAGUGUGAUCCCAAACUCGGCUCCCAAGAAACAGUUUCAGAGCUCUUCUUCUGAUGUGCUCAACCUUAGAAGAGGAGAUUCAUCAGCUAUCUACAACUACUUUUGCCGUAUGCAGUUGACAAACCCAAACUUCUUCUACCUGAUGGAUAUAAACGAUGAAGGGCAGCUAAGGAACGUGUUCUGGGCGGAUGCUUUCUCUAGAGUGUCUUGCAGUUUCUUCAACGACGUCGUUUUCAUCGACAACGCUUAUAUAUCAGGAAAAUUCGAGAUUCCUCUUGUGACAUUAGUGGGAGUGAAUCACCAUGGGCAAACUACGUUGCUUGGAUGCGGCCUUCUCGCUGGAGAGACGGUAGAGUCUUACCAUUGGUUACUCAAAGCAUGGUUCGGUGUAAUGAAGUGUUCUCCUCAGACUAUUGUUACAGACAGAUGCAAGCCUUUGGAGGCUGCGGUCUCCCAAGUGUUCCCGAGAUGUCAUCACAGGUUCAGUGUGGCGCAUAUAAUGAGGAAAGUACCUGAGAAGCUAGGUGGGUUGGUUAGCUACGAUGGCGUGAGGAAGGCUUUCACGAAAGCAGUGUAUGAAACGUUGAAAGUUGUGGACUUUGAAGCAGCUUGGGGGUUUAUGGUUCACAGUUUCGGCAUUGUCGACAACGAAUGGCUACGUUCCUUGUACGAGGAUCGAGCUAGAUGGGCUCCUGUUUAUCUCAUUGACACGUUCUUCGCCGGACUCGCUACUUGUCGUCCUGGAGAGAGUUUGAGUCCCUUUUUCGAGAGGUACGUUCAUAAGCAGACACCGUUGAAAGAGUUUCUUGAUAAGUACGAGUUAGCUCUUCAUAGGAAGCGCAGGGAAGAGACUCUAGCUGAGUUAGAGUCUCUCACCUUGAAAACAAAGUGUUCUUUCGAGACGCAGCUCUCGAGAGUCUACACUAGAGAGAUGUUCAAGAAGUUCCAAGUAGAGGUGGAGGAGAUGUACUCGUGUUUCAGCACGACGCAGGUCCACGUAGACGGGCCUUUGGUGAUCUUCCUUGUGAAAGAACGUGUCCAAGGAGAAUCCAACAGAAGAGAAGUCCGAGAUUUCGAGGUUCUGUACAAUAGGUCAGUGGGUGAAGUACGGUGCAUUUGUAGCUGCUUCUACUUCUAUGGAUACUUGUGCAGACAUGCUCUGUGUGUUCUCAACUUCAAUGGCGUUGAAGAGAUCCCUUUGAGGUAUAUUCUACCGCGGUGGAGAAAAGACUACAAACGUGUCCACGCGGCUGAUAAUGGUUUUGUGGAUGGCACGGACCGGGUUCAAAGGUUUGAUCAGUUGUAUAAAGGGGCUCUUGCGGUAGUUGAAAAAGGAGCGGUUUCUUUGGAUCGUUAUAAAGUGGCGAUGCAAGUUCUUGAACAGUCUUUGGAUAGAGUUCAUAGUGUAGAAGAAAAGCAAGACUAGUGUUUAUAGAAGAAGGGGUUUGUGAAACUUAUAUAUCUGUAUAUAGAAAACUAUUUGUUCUUCUUUUGCUGUAAGAAAGCUGUAAUAAUAUAUGCCAAGAGGCAUGAAGCUAGAAACUGUAAUAAUAUAGAUGAUGUUUUAGAAGGUUUAUUUUGUUUCAAUUUAUAUGAAGUUUUGAGAUUUUAA